CCUGUCCCCAAUCCCUGUUCAAUCCCACCCCAAAUCCCGAUCCAGUCCCGAUCCCAAUUCCCGAUCCCUUCCCCGCAGAUGGAGCAGAUCCAGCGCGCCAACCGCCUCUACUCGUCGGACACGAUUUUCCUGAAGCCCACGCUGCUCAUCCCGGCCCCGGGCCCCCAGGACACACCCGGGGACAUUCCCGGGGACAUUCCCGGGGACACUCCCGGGACUCUCCCGGUGCCCCCCGGCCCCUCCCGCCACGACCUCACGGCCUCGGAUUUCCUGCGGCGCUUGGACGCCGAGAUCGGCCGCUGGACGCCGAGAUCGGCCGCUCCAAGGAGGCGGCGGCGCAGCGGCUGCAGAGCCACGACACCAGAGGAAAAUUGA